GUUUCUUCAGCCACAGCGGUCAAUUUCUCCCCGUCCUUACUCAGUCUGCUGCAGGUUCUUCCCCUUCCUCGCCCAUAGGACUUCCCUGGCAAACGACUCAACGAGGCAAGACGAAACCUUCGCUAUGGACUCUGGGCUUGCGUUCAAGGUCCCUUCAAUAGUCCCUCAGGACCUCCAACUUAUUCAGGGCAUCGUCGGGGAGCUUCCCGUCCCCUCUACUAGCAAAGCACUGGCAAAUUCUGUGACAGCCAAAAACGAUGAAUUGAUAGACAGCUCAGAUAGCGAUGCGGACAGUGAGCAGGAAGUCGAGGCGGACAUCCUCGGUGGUUUGGAGGAUGAAGCAGAGGAGCCAUCUGGGCCGACGUCCUCAGAAUCCAUCUCUGAUUCGGACUCAUCAUCUGACUCUGACUCUGACGAAAGCAGCGCGGACAAGCGACGCACCACUGCGAAGGCUCCGGCGGACGAAGGGGACCUAGACGAUGCAGACGAGACUGGACCUGCUGUUACGUCCGCGGCACAGCUGCGGACCAAGAACGAGAUAGAAGAGUCAGAGAUUGUCGUUCCCACCAUCGAGGAGGUCAGCCCGCACGAAGCUCUCGAGAAGGUGGGAGAGGUCAUGAGCAUAGUGGACAGGGUGGUGAUCGUCAAGGGGUCUGCGUCAGAGAUUGCUACUAGGGCGUCCGAGAGGGCACUUGACUCUGAUACGCUGCUUGUAUUCGAAGACAGGAGGGUGCUCGGAUACAUCUACGAGACCUUCGGGCCUACUUCACAACCCCUCUACCAGGUCAAGUUCAACGACAAGUAUCCGCUUGAUCCUGAGAAGGUGAAGGUUUCAAGAGCAGUGUUCCACGUCCCGGAACGAAGCAACUUCGUCUUCGUGAGGGCACUCCGGCAAAUAAAGGGCAGCGAUGCGAGCAAUAUCAACGACGAAGAGCCCGCAGAAGACGAGAUGGAGUACUCUGACGAUGAGGCUGAAGCUGCUGCCAAACGGACGAGGACACAGAGGCAUCGGUCACGUUCGGCUGCCUCGUCGAGACACACGACGCCCAUACCGUCGAUGAGGCGGGACGCGGAUAUGGCUGAGGACGAUACAUCUGGUGCCAGCCCAUACAGUGAACGAGACCCUUACAACGACCUGGACUAUGGAGCAGGACCUUCGCGCCCUGCACCUAUGCCCUACGACGACCCCUAUGCAGAUAACUACGGUGUACCCGAAACAUCUCCAGCCGUGACCUCAGGUUCUCAAGGCCGAGAUGAUCACAGGUCCGAGAGCGGAGAAGCCUAUGCUGACCGUGGCCGUGGCAGAGGUCGCUCUAAUGCACCUGCUAGGGGAAGGCGCGACGACCACGGUCGGGGCCGAGGCCGCGGUCGUGGGCGAGGAAGGGAGCGCGGACGGGGCCGGGGGCGAGGUCGUGACGACCGACAAUCGUGGGGUGGCGGUGACAGAGGACCGCAAAUGCGUUCGUCUCCGCAUGACGAGUAUGACGUUCAGCAGCGCCGCUCGAUGUCUCCCACCUCGCUGGCCAUUGCGCGGGCGACUGGCCAGUACUCUGACGAGGCGUCAAUGGCUCAGGACAUGCAACACCAUCCUGAUGCCUCACAGCAUAUGAACGGCGGUGGGUGGGGUGGUCAGUACCCACCGCAGCAGCAGUUCAACUUCCCCGGAUACGGGUACCAAAAUCAGUAUGUGCAGCCACAUAUCAACCCCCGCUUCGCCUCUACUUUCGCGAUGAACUUCGGGUUCGCGCAGGCGAACCAGUACGCUCCUUACGGAAACGCGGGGUAUAAUCCUGCAGGCGACCAGUCCGGGGCUUGGAACCAGAAUUGGGGCUCCUCUGCAGAUGGGGACGCAGGAUCAUCCAAUGGGAAUAGUCAUAGUUGAUGACGAUCAAUACAAUAUGCAAUACUGCAGUUUCUGUAUACGCAUCGGUGUGAAAUCCAGUCAAUGCUUGUGUCUCUACCACGAAGUCGAAUAUAUAUCAC